GAUAAAGGUGCGCACUAAUAAGGGUAGGAAAUAUAUGGCGUCCAAAGAGAAGGCAGUUAGGCGCGGCUCCAGCCCUGCACGAGCGAUGCAGGGGCAGAAGAAGUCUGGAUCCUCCAAGCAGCAGCAGAUGCAGACCGUGGUGGCCGUGUUCCCGGACAAUACGAAAGGGAACAGAGCCUUCGCGGCGCUGGAAGCCGCUGCGGGCCAGCUAAUGCAGACGGAGCUACAACGGAUCCCUUUCGAGAAGCUGGACUACGGAGAGACGGCGACGCUGGACAAGUUCUACGCGGCCAACGUUGCCGUCGUUGACGUGACGGAGCGACACAUGCAGGCGGCACUGUUCUACCAGCUGGGACUCCGAGAGAAUUUCGACAUGAAGAACAACGUGGUGACGGUUUUGGAGAGCCAGUCUACGUUCAGCGAGCCUGCACUGGGCGGUGGGAACGGUCCUGCUGCAAUGGCAAGGCUAGCAGGAACCUCGUACAUCACAUACUCAGUCGACUCUGAAGGCCACACUCUCUCCAGAGAAGGCGGUUCACCGUUGAACCAGGCCGUCCCUCUCUACAAGACCUUCAAACACAUCCUCCAAGACAUGCACACUGCGUACAGGAAGAACCACAAAGAGAUGUUCUACAAACACCUGAGGAAAGUCCGGGAGAUGAAGGAGGGGGCGGAGCUAAAGGCGGAGCUUCACAAGCUGACUAUGUGGAUCGACGAAGACCCUAAACUCUUCACUGGAGACAUAAUCUACAGCGUUCUCCUCUCUUACAGAGAUAUUCAGGACUAUGACUCUAUGAUAUCAUUGGUAGACAAAAUCACUGGCCACCAGGAGGCGGAGAAACCAGCCGUACAAGUCCAGUGUGCGUUCGCUCUCAACCGUCGCAACAAAGAGGGAGAUCGUUCCAGAGCACUCGCCAUGCUAGAGAAGGUCCUGUCGGUGAAAGAGAACCACGUUCCGGACUACCUGUGUCUGUGUGGGAGGAUCCACAAGGACAGGUUUGUCGACUCGGAGCACAGCGACCAGGACGCCCUCCAGAAUGCCAUUCACUGGUACAGAGAAGGGUUCAAGGUUCAGCCGAACGAGUACGCCGGUAUCAACCUGGCCACCCUCCUCGUCAUCUCCGGACAGGAGUUCGAGACCUGUCAGGAACUGCACGACAUCGGGUCGACCCUGAACUACCUGAUUGGUAAGAAGGGCAGUCUUCAGUCCCAGUCUGACUACUGGAUUGUGGCCACGUUCUUCGAGGUCAGCAUCCUGGCUCGCGACUACACCAGGGCCUGCGAGGCCGCUCUCUGCAUGUUCAAGUUGAAGCCUCCUCUGUGGUACCUGAAGUCGACUGCAGGCAAUAUCCAGCUGAUAACACUGAUGAGAGAGAAGAGGCGCCAGAACAAAGGAGACACGACGACCAAGAGACCCGACACGACGAGUUUCUCGUUCUGGAUGGAGUUCUUCAUGGAGACCCAGAACACCGACAUGACCGGAGGAAUGUUCCCCGUGCUACUGAUGGAACCUGAUAUGAAGGAAAGGAAGGAAUUUAUCUACAUACCAAGUCACAUUGUCUUCCACCCAGCUAAUGAAACCACCCCUGGGGUAAUGAGGAAUCACUUUCACUUUCAAUACACUCCUCUGCACUUUCACUUUCAAUAUAAUGUACUCUCUAUUGACCAGUGUUUAUGUCGACAUUGCAGAAGAUUCAGAUCUGGCACACUGAUCCGAAGUCCGCACAGGGAGAGAUCCACGAGUGGGCGUAUGAGCUGUCAUGUGUCAGAAACAUCAGUAUAAACAAGAGAGACAGCAGAGGAGCGUUUCUAUACGUCGUCUCAAAAUUCAGCGACGAUUUCCACAUUUUUUUCUCUUCCGAGGCCCAAUGUGAACGGUUCUGUGAGUUGGUGACGUCAUCCCUCACUGCUGACUCCGCCCACCCUCACCCCCUCACCGAACUCCCCGACCAGGUCACAGAGUACGAGUACGAACUGGACGAGAAAACCGGGGAGCGUGUUGUGUUGGGGAGAGGAGCGUUUGGUACGGUGUAUUCCGCGGUCGACUCGGUCACCAAGAGAAAGAUGGCCGUGAAAGAGAUUAAGGAGAGCGAUUCCGGUCAGUUUCAGGCAUUGCAGGAAGAGAUUCAGCUCCACAGGCACCUGCAGCACAAGAACAUAGUGCAAUACUACGGGGCCAAGACCGAGGGAAAUGUGUUCAAGAUAUUCAUGGAGAACGUGCCCGGAGGCAGUCUUUCGAAGCUCCUGAGACAGAAGUGGGGGCCACUAAAAGACGACGAACCCACCAUAAUCCACUACACCCGGCAGAUCAUAGUGGGGAUCAAGUAUCUCCACGACCACCGCAUCGUCCACAGAGACAUAAAGGGAGACAACGUGCUCAUCAACACGUACACUGGAAUCCUGAAGAUUUCGGAUUUCGGGACCUCGAAGAGACUGGCUGGACUCCAGGACCAGACGAAAUCUUUUAAAGGUACGCUGCAGUUCAUGGCCCCGGAAGUGAUCCAGUCGGGACUGAGAGGCUACGGACCUCCCGCUGAUAUAUGGUCACUGGGUUGUACUGUGGUAGAAAUGGCGACCGGAAAACCACCGUUCUAUGAACUGGGCAAUCCUAUGGCAGCAUUAUUCGUGGUGGGUAACUUCAAACGUCAUCCGGAUGUCCCGGAGACCAUGUCUGCAGCUGCAAAAUGCUUCUGUGAAAAGUGUUUCCAUAAGGACCCAAAGUUGAGAAUCACAGCCGGCGAGCUGCUCUGGCACAAGUUCCUCAGGAAGACCGGCCUGACAAGCUAGACUCAGUUCGGCCAGCUAAGAGACCAUCCACCGAUGCUACCAGCGCCCUAGAUGCUAAACUUUCCAAGUCACUCACCCUAAAAAUUGGUCAACAGGGAAACCAGCAACUGACCUCAGAAGACUAAAUCCACUCCUGUCCACUCUCCGAACCAAACAAUGACUCUGAUGCGGAUAGCCGACACGCCGGGAUUGGAUUAUGUACUGGUGAGGGGGGAGAAGGGGGAGGAGAGAGAGGGACACCCCAAGCAGUUCAACCAAGUCAUGCUACAGGCUCAAACAGGAUGGUGCUGAUUGCGGUCCUGUCGACCAGAAGAAAAGAUAUGUGAGGAAGUUUUGACUAAUUGAAAGAAAGCCGCCCACCCGAGUUGACAAAGGGCAGCUGCUUGUUGUUAUUAGUGCCCUCGCUCUCCUUCGCCAGAAGUGACAGUGACACCGGCCUCGAAGAUAUUCUAGGUUCAUUGAGAGGGAUUGUUUCCAUGACCACCACUUGAGGGACGACGUGGAGCUGAGCUGCAAGACAUUGAUCCGCUGUUGUGCGCUGUUACAAUGUCAACAAAGACACUUGACAUGCGACCUCACUCCAUGUUUUUUGCCAUUGUGAGAUGUACUGUGGAGUUUCGUCAAUCCUGGUCAUUGUCUCCCUGUAAUCGGUGUAUAGAUUAUUUUGGAAAGAUUCCAUCAAACUCUCGAUAAAUCUCCGUCCCAUACCUCGCUAACCGUGCUACACCCUUUACCAUGCCCCCUCCAGCGUGGACGCAAGAACGUACAGAGUCAGCUGCUAACUGCUAUCGAAGAAACCUCCAGUUGCUGAGGCGUGAAUGAGUUAAUUGCGAACGUAUGUUUGGAGGUCAAAGUUCAAAUGCCGAGGCCGCUGCGAGAAGAGGGACUUUUCAGACGGACUGUUCAGUGGAGGCGUGGGAUCUGGGUUUGCACGGGGGGCGACAGCAAUCUGGUGGCCUGGUUUGGAAUAUAUACAUCUUGAUCACGCCUCCAUUCAUAGAUUUGUUUUUGCCGAGCAACUGACACUGAUUGAUGUAGGAUCACAUGACCAGUGGAUGAAUGGUCGUUGACUUUAUCUCAAUAUUGGACCCAGGUUCGGGUAUGGUUGCUAUCAGUGAGUACAGUCCUUUCCAAACUAAACACAUAGUUUUUUGAUAUAUACUUUUUCACUUCAUCUUUCUAAUUUCUUACUCCAUCCCGUGACAAAAGCCUAUGUACUUCUCUUGCAUAUACACCUUUCACUUAGUGGCUUCCUUCUUUUUUUUCACCUUUCAACAUCACUCCUGUUUAACAUCACUGUCCUAUCUUGUAGUGUAUCGUUGCACAGCUCCCAAUAUUUUCACACGUUAUGCGAUUCCCAUGCUUUUUUAUUUUAUUUUAUAUUCCACAUAAUAGUUUGCAUUACAUGUUGACAAAAGAUCAUCAGCUUUAAUUUAUAUAG